UCCACGUGCGAUAGUCAUUGGCCCAUACUCAACUACCAAUUUACCAUUAUUCUUGUUUUUCGAGUACUUCUUGUCAAAUAUUGAUUAAAAAAGUCAGUCUAAUUCACUUGUGGCCAUCUCUUGCUACCCACAGGCAAACAAAAAUGGAUAAAAGAUGGAGUCUUCAAGGUAUGACUGCUCUUGUGACCGGUGGAGCCAGCGGAGUCGGGUAUGCCAUAGUAGAAGAGUUAGCUAGUUUUGGAGCUAGAAUCCACGUAUGCGACAUCUCUGAAACAUUUCUCAAUCAAAGUUUAAGCGAAUGGGAAAAGAAAGGGUUUCAAGUGAGUGGCUCAAUCUGUGAUGCAACCUCUCGUCCUCAGAGAGAAACGUUAAUACAAAAAGUGUCCGCGCUAUUCGAUGGCAAACUCAACAUUCUUGUGAACAAUGUGGGCGUACUUCGUGGGAAGCCAACAACAGAAUAUGUUGCAGAGGAUUUCACUUUCCACAUCUCAACAAACUUAGAACCUGCUUUCCAUUUUUCUCAGCUUUCACAUCCUCUUUUAAAGGGUUCAGGCUACGGAAGCAUCAUCUUCAUUUCCUCGGUUGCAGGAAUUGUAUCGGUUGACUGUGGAUCCAUUUACGGUCUAACAAAAGGAGCUUUGAAUCAGCUAACUAGAAAUUUGGCGUGUGAAUGGGCCAAAGAUGGUAUAAGAUCCAACGCUGUUUCGCCUAAUGUUAUAAGGACUCCUCUGUCCCAAACUUAUCUUGACAACGUUAGAUACAAAGAAGGACUGUUCAAUAGAACUCCACUGGGUCGCGCUGCAGAGCCCAAUGACGUUGCAUCACUAGUGGUAUUCUUGUGUCUACCUGCAGCUUCUUAUAUCACUGGUCAAACCAUUUGUGUUGAUGGAGGCUUCACUGUUAAUGGCUUCUCCUAUCAACCAAAUGCUUGAAUCAGAAUUGCUCUGUUUUCUACUUGCUGAUUUGUUUUCCCUUUAAUCUUUGAGGUUAUCAAUGUAUACAAAUGCCUCAAAAUCAUAUCCUACUAUUUCGAAUAAGUAAUCUUGACUGGUUACUGGUACUGGUAAUAAGUAAUCUUGCCUCACAACA